AGGAAUUAUGAGGGCCUUUUUCCAUCAGGCCACUCAUAAACUUAAUAUCUAAACUCUCAAGCCAGCUUCCAUAAAUUCUCCCUUCCUUUCUAAGGCCAAACUAUCUCCUGCAUCUGUUCAUCUUUUCCCCUCAUCAUGGAUCCAAGAAAAGUUCACAGUGACAUACAUGACCAGGAAGCUUACUUGAACUUAGCUAAUUCUGAAGAUCGAGUCUUCCUUCGGGAAUCAUUAGGAAACAUAAAUAAUUCCUUACUACACACAACAAACAACAUUUGUGUAGGUGAGGCUGGUGAUAAGCUUCUGAAAGAUCCAAGCAAGGAGAACAAUUUUGAGAAUUGUAGUGAGGAAACGGAACAAUGUCAGAACAAUAUCCACGAACUGGGAUGCAAUAGCCUGAAAGUAACUGAAGAGAUGAGGAAUCAAAUCAAUGAAAAGUGUAAGGAGGCAUUUGAAGUCCUAGCUAAAGGUGAACUUCAGAAAGCAGUUCAUUUGUUCACUGAAGCCAUUGAGUUGAAUCCACAUAUUCCUAGUUCCUAUAUUAACCGGGCCAAUAUCUUUAUGCAGUUGCAGGAGGCACAGGCUGCCAUUAAAGACUGUGACAUAGCCAUUGAACUGAAUCCCAAAUCAGCAGAGUCAUACAGACUGCGAGGGAAAGCAUUCCAGAAUUUGGGGCAUUGGGAAGAGGCAGCCUGUGAUCUUGCUUUAGCUUCUAGACUGGAGUAUGAAGAAGAAGCCAAUGCUGUGGUAAGAAGAUUGAAGUUAGGGUUUCAAAGAAUAUCUGAGACCCGUGCAAAGUGUGCCUUAAGAUACAAGGAAUCUGAGUUACUGGAGCAGGUUAAGAAUGUAGAGGCAACUUCAAAGGAUGAUGCAGAAGAUCAGAGAGAGAAAGAUUUUAGCCCACUAUUAGAGAAUAAAACAGCAAAUGGCAAACUAGAUCAUGAGGAUGAGUUCCAAUACAUGCUAAAUGAAAAUGUGGAGACAGUUGAGAUGUGGAAGCAAACCAAUGAAAAAAAGAAAGAAGCCUUUGAUGCAGUGGAUAAAGGUGAACUGCAAAGAGCCAUUGACCUGUUCACUGAAGCUAUUGAAUUAAACCCCCAGUCUGCCAACUUGUAUGUUUGCCGAGCCAGUACCUUUCUAAAGCUGCGUAUGCCACAUGCUGCCAUAAGCGACUGCAAUCAAGCUAUAAAAAUAAACCCUGAUGCAGCAUUACCAUAUAAGUGGCGCGGGGGCGCUUUUCAUCUGUUAGGAUACUUGCAGGAGGCCGCUAAAGAUCUUUCUUUGGCCUGUCAGUUGGAUUAUGAUGAAAAUACAUAUACCAUGUUGAAGGAGGUAGAAGCAGAGACCCAGUCAUUCACUCAAUGUUGGAGAAAGCAUGAAGAAAAAUGUAAUACAGAAUCAUUUACGGAAAAGAUGGAAAGGAUGAAAGAAGCCCUUGUGGACCCAGAGAGUACACAGACAAAGAUUCCAUUGAAAACACCAAAACACCAAGAUACCAUUUCAGAAGAACAAGAAAGGAGUAAAUUUAAACUCUACCAAGAAAAGGAAGUUCCAUAUGAUCAUGCCCAAGAACAUGAACCAUUUAUUCAUUUUCCAGAGGAACAAUGCAAAGCCUAUCCUCUGUAUGCUGCAGAACAGGAGAAAGGUCAACUCAUAGCACAUGAAAAAUACGAAACAUCUGACGUUCAGGAACUAGAGAUUCAGAAGGGAACUAAGAGUGAUUCUGAAUGCAUUAAAUCAGAGAGUGAGGAGAGUGAAUUGGAAAUUGAUACUGAAGAGGUGAUUGAACCAGAUGAAGAUGUUCCUCAAGAGAUGGGAGAUGAAAACUUGAAAGUAACAGAGGAAAUGCGAAAACAGGCCAUUGAAAAGAAAAGAGAAGCUAUUGAUGCAAUCAAUAAAGGCGAACUUCUUAAAGCUUUAGAUCUGUUCACUGAAGCUAUUAAGCUAAACCCACACCUUACGAUUUUAUAUGCAAACCGAGCCAAGGUCUAUAUGAAGCUUCAGAAACCAAAUGCUGCAAUUAGGGACUGUGACAAAGCCAUACAGAUCAACCCUGAUUCGGCUCAGCCCUACAAGUGGAGAGGAAGAGCAUUGCAGCUACUUGGUUACUGGCAGAGGGCUGCUAAAGACCUAGCCUUGGCCUGCCAAUUGGAUUAUGAUGAAGAAUCCUAUGCCAUGUUGAAGGAGAUACAGCCAAAGGCUCAGAAAAUUGCCAAAUACUGGCGAAAGCAUGAGCGGAAACUUGAGAAAAAGAAGUACAAGGAGCUUCUGGAAAGCCUUCACAAAGUUUGUGAGAAGCAUGGAAGACCACAAAGUAUACUUGCAGGAUCAGAAAGUGAUGACAAGGUAGCCACUGAAGACCAGAGAAGGGCUUGGAAGGAAACCAUGAAGGAAUGGCAGGGAGUCAGACACACCGUCCUGAGGAAACAGGAGGGAAUGUCCCAGGAAGAGGUGGGAAGAAGUCUGCAAGAAAGUAUAUGGAUACAAUAUAGGUCUUAUGAAAAGGAGACCGAUGAACAAGAAAACUUUCAGCAGAAGCUACUGAAGGAGCAAGAAAGAGUUCAGCACAAGGAAGUAAAAUACCAGGGAACAGUCCAUCAGAAAGAGCUGGAGGAACAGUUAAGAGCCCUUCAGCAGGAACUUGAGGAAAAGCUUAGAGCUUAUCAAGAAGAACUGGAUGAAGAGGAGAAUUCUCUGAGAAGGUUAUUAGAAGAACAGGAAAAAUCACAUCAGAAGUUACUCUAUCAGCAAGAAAAAGCUUACAAAGUGAUCCUAGAAGAGCAGGCAAAAGCUCAGCUGCUAGCUCUGGAGGAACUAGAAAGAGCUCAGCAAGCAGCUCUGGAGGAACUGGCAAAAGCUCGACUGACAGCCCUGAGGGAACAGGAAAGAGCUCAGCAACAAGCCCUUGAGGAAGAGGAGAGAGCUCUGAAAGCUCUGGAAAGUGCUCAUAAGCAAGCACUGGAAGAACAGAAGAAAGCUCAUGUGGUUGCCAUGGAAGAACAGAAACUGGCACACAAAAAAUCUCUAGAAGAAAAGAUGAUGGCUGAGGCAGCUCUGGAAGAACUCCAGAGAACUCAAAGGAAGUUUCAAGAAGAGCGAGAAAUGGCUGAAAAGAAAACAACUGAAGAAAAAGAAAAAGCUCAGAAGACCCUAGAAAAAAUACAAAGUGCUCAAAAGAAGGCUGUGGAGGAACAGGAAAGAGCCCAGAAAGCCCUAGAAGCUUUAGAAUUUGCUCAUAAACAGGCUGUGGAGCAGCAGAAAAAAGCUCAGAUGGCUAUCAUGGAAAAAGAGCAAGCACAGAAAAAAUCUCUAGAAGAAACAAGUAUGUCUGAAGCAGCCCAGGAAGAACUAUCAAGGGCUGAAAGAAAGGUCCUGGACAAUCAGAAAGCAAUGGAAGAAAGAAGGGUGCUUCAGAGAGGCCUAGAAGAAUUAGACAUUGCUCAGAAGAAGGCUGUGGAGGAACAAGAAAGAGCUCAGAAAGCUCUGGAAGCUCUGGAAAGAGCUCAUAAGCAGGCACUGCAGGAACAGGAGCAAGCACAGAAAAAAGCUCUUAAAGAAAAGAAGAUGGCUGAGGCAGCUCUAGAAGAACUCUCAAGGGCUCAGAGAAAGAUCCAAGAAGAGCAGGAAAGGGCUGAAAAGAAAGCAAUGCAAGAAAGAGUGGCACUUCAGAAAAGACGAGAAGAAUUAGAGAUUACUCAAAAGAAGGCAUUGAAGGAACAGGAAAGAGCUCAGAAAGCUCAGAAAGCUCUGGAAAGAGCUCACCAGCAGGCGCUGGAGGAACAGAAGAAAGCCCAAGUGGCAGCCAUGGAAGAGCAGAACCGAGCCCAGAAAAAAGCUCUAGAAGAAAAGAAGAUGGCUGAGGCAGCCAUGGAACAACUCCUGGGGAUUCAGAGAAAAGUCCAAGAAGAGCAGGAAAGGGCUGAGAAAAAAACAGUGGAAGAAAGAGAGGUACUUCAAAAGAGCCAAGAAGAAUUAGAGUUUGCUAAGAAGGUGGCCCUGGAAGAACAGGAAAGAGCUCAGAAAGCUCUGGAAGCUCUAGAAAGAGCACAUCAGCAGGCACAGGAGGAACAGAAGAAAGCCCAGGCGGCAGCCAUGGAAGAACAGGAACUAGCACAAAAGAAGUAUCUAGAAGAAAAAAAGAUGGCAGAGGAAGCCCUGGAAAAACUCUUGACUAAGGUUCAAAAAGAACAGGAAAUGAUUGAGAAAAGAGCAAUGGCAGAAGAAGAGAGAGCUGAGAAGACUAAAAAAGAAUUAGACAUUGCUCAGAAGAAGGCCCUUGAGGAGUUGGAGACAACUAGAAAAAAGGCCAGGGAGGAUGAGGAAAGAGCCCAGAAUGCUCUGGAAGCUCUUGACAGAGUUCAUAAGCAGGCACUGCAGGAACAGGAGCAAGCACAGAAAAAAGCUCUUAAAGAAAAGAAAAUGGCUGAGGCAGCUCUAGAAGAACUCUCAAGGGCUCAGAGAAAGAUCCAAGAAGAGCAGGAAAGGGCUGAAAAGAAAGCAAUGAAAGAAAAAGGAGUUCUUCAGAAGAGCCGAGAGGAAUUAGAGAUUGCCCAAAAGAAGGCACUGGAGGAACAGGAAAGAGCUCAGAAAGCUCUGGAGGCUCUGGAACGAGCUCGUAAGCAAUCAUUGGAGGAAAAGAAGAAAGCCCAGGUGGUAGCCAUGGAAGAACAAGAUCAAGCCCAAAGAAAAGCUUUAGAAGAAAAGAAGGCUGAGGCAGCCAUGGAACAACUCCUGAGAGUGCAAAAGUUUCAAGAAGAGCAGGAAAUAGCUGAAAAGAAAGCAGUGGAAGAAAAAGAAUUACUUCAGAAGGGCCUAGAAGAAUUAGGGAUCGCUAAGAAGAAGGCUCUAGAGGAACAGGAGAGAGCUCAGAAAGCUCUGGAAGCUCUAGAAAGAGCACAUCAGCAGGCACAGGAGGAGCAGAAGAAAGCCCAGGCGGCAGCCAUGGAAGAACAGGAACUAGCACAAAAGAAAUAUCUAGAAGAAAAAAAGAUGGCAGAGGAAGCCCUGGAAAAACUCUUGACUAAGGUUAAAAAAGAACAGAAAAUGACUGAGAAGAGAGCAAUGGCAGAAGAAGAGAGAGCUGAGAAGACUAAAAAAGAAUUAGAAUUUGCUCAGAAGAAGGCCCUUGAGGAGUUGGAGACAGCCAGAAAAAAGGCCAGGGAGGACGAGGAAAGAGCCCAGAAUGCUCUGGAAGCUCUUGAAAGAGCUCAUAAGCAGGCAUUGCAGGAACAGGAGCAAGCACAGAAAAAAGCUCUUAAAGAAAAGAAGAGGGCUGAGGCAGCUCUAGAAGAACUCUCAAGGGCUCAGAGAAAGAUCCAAGAAGAGCAGGAAAGGGCUGAAAAGAAAGCAAUGAGAGAAAAAGAGGUAGCUCAGAAGCCCCUAGAAGAAUUAGAGAUUGCCCAAAAGAAGGCAUUGGAGGAGCAGGAGAAAGCGCAAAAAGCUCUAGAAGCUCUGGAAAGAGCUCAUCAGCAGGCACUGCAGGAACAGAAGAAAGCCCAGUUGGAAGUCAUGGAAGAACAGGAACUAGCACAAAAAAAGUCUCUAGAAGAAAAGAAGAUGGCAGAGGCAGCCCUGGAAGAACUCUUAAGGACUCAGAAGACAUUCCAAGAGGAGCAGGAAAGGGCUGAGAAGAAAACAAUGAGAGAAAAAGAGGAAGUUCAGAAGCUCUUAAAAGAAUUAGACAUUGCUCAAAAGAAGGGCCUGGAGGAAAAUAAAAGAGCUCAACACAAGGCCUUAGAGGAACAAAGGAUAGCCCAGCAGGCUAUGGAAGAGCUGGAGAGAGCACAUGCUAAGUCUAUAGAGGAACAGCAGAGAGCUCAGAUGAUAGCCUUUGAAGAACAGCAGAAAACUAAGAUGAUGCAUAUUGAACUGGAGGAAACUCGGAACAAAGUGUUGGAGGAACAAGAAAGAGCACAGAAGAGAGCUGUAGAGGAACAAGUGAAAGCUCAACAUAUUAUAGAGGAAUUGACAAAACUUCAAAAGUCAGCUCUGGAGGAACAAGAAAGAGCUAGGAAGGCCGCCCUAGCAGAGCAGCAGAGAGCGGAGAUGAUGCUUAAGGAGCUGGAGGAAAGACACAGAAAAACCUUGGAAGAACAGGAAAUCAUACAGAAGAAGGCCCUUGAGCAACAAGAAAGAGCCCAUCUUGCAACAGAGGAGUUAGCAAAAGCUCAAAAGUCAGCUCUUGAGGAACAAGAAAGAGCUAGGAAGACAGCCCUAGCAGAGCAGCAGAGAGCCGAGAAGAUGCUUAAGGAGCUGGAGGAAAGACAGAGAAAAGAACGACAAAGAACACAGAAGAAGACUGUUGAGCAACAAGAAAGGGUUCGUCUUGCUCUGGAGACAUUGGCAAAGGCUCAAAAGUCAGCUGUGGAGGAACAAGAAAGAACCCGGAAGGCAGCCCUAGCAGAGCAGCAGAAAGCUGAAAUGAUGCUUAAGGAGCUAGAAGAAAAGCAGAGCAAAGAACGGCAAAGAAUGCAGAAGAAGGCCCUUGAGCAACAAGAAAGGGCCCAUCUUGCUAUGGAGGAAUUGUCAAAGGGUCGAAAGGCAGCUCUGGAGGAACAAGGGAAGGCUCUGAAGAAGGCCCUGGAAGAACAGAAGGCAACUGAAAAGGGCACGGUAGUAUUGGAGGGAGCACAGAAAAAGGCCUUGGAGGAAACAGAAGCACAGACUAAAAAUCCAUCACAAAUUCAGGAACCUGUUUUUAAAAGGAUUCAUGAGGCAUGCAAGUUCAUACAGAAACUGGGUGCUACUGAGCCAGAAGGAGCUCCUAGAAAGCUCUGCGUUGAGCAAGGAAAGGCUCGCAAGAACCUAGAACAGAAAGAACACCAGCAACCACAGAAGGGCCCGGAUCAUGACAAGAGUUCACGAAGGCCAUUCUCGGACUCUGUUUUGGACUUUUUCCAAACAGAUUAAAUUCCAGAACUCUGA